AUGUCUGGCACUUCCACUCCGGCCAACAGAGACCACCAACUUCUGGAAGUCGGCAAGCAAUGUUCUUCACCGAUAUGUGGGCUCGUUGAUUUCCUCCCACUCAAGUGUCAACAUUGUGCCCAGCCAUUCUGCGGAGACCACUUCCUACCCACUGCCCAUAGCUGCGAGAAGUACGAUGCUGCGAAGCAUGACCGGAUUGCUCCGUCUUGUCCCCUCUGUAACACUCCUGUUGCCAUCCCACCGGGCCAGGACCCGAACAUUCGCAUGGAGCAGCAUAUCAACACCGAGUGUUCUGUGAUGACCGGGAGGAUGACGGGCAAGUCUGCUCCUACGUGUGCCAGAGGGAAGUGUGGCAAAGUUCUUUUUGCCCCCAUCCGUUGUGGUUCAUGCAAGCAACAAUUUUGCCCUGCUCAUCGCUUCCCUCAGGAUCACUCCUGCUCCUCGGCUGCUGCGGUUACUUCUAAGCCCUCCAGCGCGGCGUCUACAUGGAACAAUAUGUCGAACCAGACUAGCGUGGCGUCUACCGCCGCUUUAGCUGCAAUCAAGCGUGCUGCUGCGAGCAAACCCGUUGCGCGACCGAAGGUUCCUGUCAAGAAAGAAACUCCUCCACCGACUGCCUCCUCGUCUUCGAAACCUGCAGGUUCUGGGGCCCCGCGACCUAAUCCAUUCUCCUCUACUGAACGACGAGCUAAGGCAGAGCGCGAGAGCCGGCGCAAGGCGAUCCAGGAGCGCGCGCGCAAGGGAAUUCCCUUGAGCGAGGAAGAGAAAGCGUUCCUGGCGGAAGGGGGUGGCAAGGAUGAUUGCGUCGUAAUGUAG